AUGUCGUCCACGCUUUCCAUUCCCGCCGGCCGCUCCUUCCGCCGCACCGAAGGUGCCAAGUGGGUCGACCCCCAGCCCGAGAAGGGUAUCAUCGAGGUCCGCCUCGACCAGGGCAUUGUCAACUUUGUCUGGCGCAACAAGGAGACCAACACUGCCGAGGAUGAACUUUUGAUCUUCCCCGCCGAGGCCACCUUUGAGCCUGUCAAGGCUGACCCCACUGGCCGCUCGUACAUGCUCAAGUUCAACUCGUCGAACCAGGUUCACUUUCGCGGCACUCUUGGCGACGCCGACGCUCGCUCAGCCGUGGACAUCAACGGCCUCCUCCAGAACCCAGAGUACACCGUCGGCUCGGCGCCCAUCCCCAAGUCGUACCUCCCCGCCGCCCAGCGCUCCGCCGCGACGGAAACUGAGACGACCGCCUCGGCCGCUGCUGGCCCCUCGUCGGCCCCCGCCCGCGAGGCCGCCGUUGCCAGCUCGUCGUCUGCCGCCGCCGCCGAGGCCGGCGACGAGUCGCGCCACCAGGACAUGGCCAACCUCCUGUUCAAGUGGGCUGACCAGCACCUCCCCAUCCCCGAGGAGGAGGAGGCGUCGCUCACGGACAUUCUCACGCCCGACACGGUCGGCCGUCUGGUGCAGGACAACCCUGCGCUGGCGUCGGCGCUCGCGCACCACAUGCCCAAGGAGCUCGGCGAGGUGGACACGCCCGCGGCCCUCCUCCGUGUCGUUGGCACGAGCCAGUUCCGCGACGCCGUGGGCUCCCUCGAGAUGGCCCUGCGUACCGGCACCCUCCCCGAGAGCACGAUGCCGUGGAUCCACCUCCCCAAGGACCAGACCUGGAACCUCCGCAACUUUCUUACGGCGCUGCGUGACGCCAACGCCGACGAGGAGCCCAAGGCGGACGAGAAGAUGGACACGGACGAGUAA